AUGGCCCGUACGCCGAAUCGAGCAGACCAUGGCACAGGCGAUGUUCAGGGACGUAUCGACACGCUGAAGCGGCUAACAAUGUCGUCCGAGGCUGAGCGACAGCGGCUGGGCUUUCGGCAAAAGCCAGGCCCUGCGAGGCAGGCCACGUCGGCAGGGCCGAUCCCUUCGCGGCUUCCGUUGGGCUCGCUGGAGCUUCUGGACUCGGACCGAGCAGGGGCUGCAGAACCUUUGCCCGCUCCUCACAAGUUAGCAUCCGCUGCCUCGGCGAAGCUGCGUGCAGCGUUACUAUUCGAGGAGUCUGAGGCAGCUGAAGUUCGCAACUUCCUUGUCGACAGCGGCCUGCACUCAUAUGCCGAUGCUUUCAUUGAGAAUGGCUUCGACUGCAUGGAUGUGGUGCAGGAAAUGGAAGAGCGGCACAUGAGAGAGCUGGGCAUGAAACCUGGCCACAUGAUCAAGCUGAAGCUGCGGCUUGCGUCCCGACUGCCAUCCAGUGCGAGCGCGCUGGAAAGCAACAUCCACCUGACAGCGGAGAUGGUGCAGGCAGUUUCCCCGUGUGCUUCACAGUCACAAGAGCUGGAGGCCCCCCAGACAGCGCAGGUGCGACGCACGAUGCCGGCAUCCCCUGCGCAGACCAACCUGGUGGAAGAGGGGCCCUCAUGCCUCCUGCAUGGUGAGCUGGAUGAGGCUGCAGAGGCGGAUUGGGGGGCAUCUGAAAGUUCUGUUUUUCCGGAGCUCUGA